AUGUGUGUUUUACUCCAAGCGCUAUUUCUCAAAGCCAUAGAAGCACAUACACUGCCGCCUCACCGAGCAGAGCGCCUAGGCUCUGAUUGCCAUGCUUGCAGAUCUCAGGCGCUGCCUUCCCGGGUCGUCUCCUUGAUUAAACCCAUGUUGCCUGAGCAAACUGUGGACGCCAAUCUUUGGUCGCAUGCUAAAUCUCACGUGGAUUUCUAG